AUGCAUGGCAUGCUGGUCAUGAUCCACAUCGUCCUUUUUAUCUUUUAUGUCCUUCAAUGGGAAGACUAUGCAACUUUCUCUUUCACAUCAACAAACAGUGAUGUCUGGUCUGCGGUGCUUAGUGCCUCACUGCAAGCGUUUUAUACUAUAUACACUGCUGUUCUGCUCUUCCUUACCCAACGGCUUGCAAUUUCGAGAACGCUCGUGCGCCGUGUGAAGCUGACGGCUGUUCAUGACAUCUCUUGCGCAUGGGCGGGCCUUGGCUCUGCACUCGCUAGCGUCUGGCGACAAACUGACAUAUCCGCCUCACGGUGGACAACCUCUGCUGUGGCAGCCUACCUUGCGAGCAUAACCGUGUUACAUAUCACCUCUUCCACUCUCCUACAAUUUCAAUCCUGGGCGUCAGAAUUCAAUACGAAUAAUGACUUACUGAUUCCCACAACACUAGGAUGGCCACACGAUUCAUCGUACGGCAGUUUCACAAACCUAGGACCCAUUGCUGCAUCCCUACCAGUCAUCAAUCAUUUUACUGGACUGGUGUUUGCAGGAUUAUCAAACACGACACUCUACGACACCCUUACACCCUACAACCUUACAAAUGGUUAUGCGAUAGGAAAUGUGACUGUGAAUGCGACAACAGUAACCUCGAGUUGUGGAUUGAUUCCAAAUGUGACAUACUCUGCGAAUACCAGUACAGCAAUCCUUCCGUUUGGACGAGAUUCUUUUGUGCUUAAUAUGAGCAUUCCGAGUCUUUGGUCAGACCAGAUACAUAUAAUUCCAUGGACGGAAUAUGAAGAUUCUGAUGGUGACUCGGAAGACUCGGAGCUCGAUGGUAUCUAUAUUAUGGUCUCCACAUUAUUGGGGAUCGACCCUUCAGUACAAGAUGAGGUCGCCGUAAACAUGACUUGGGCUAUCCCCGACAUUGUCACUCCAUACGUCAUCCAGGUCUAUUUUGUAUAUUGCUCGUUGUCGGUGAACACUUCAGAUGGGGUGAUCGAUGCGAUGAGCAACAGUCUACUGAGUUCCGCGUCCAUAUCGCAACCAUCUAUGCAAUGGGAAAUGUUUUCAGACUAUCAACUUGAAUUCGGGCGGUCGAAUACUAGUGGUUGGAAAACACAAAUCAGCAAGGCUUUGGCUACGAACUACAGCACCGGGAUGGUGUUUGAGGGUACCCGCUCGCAAAUCAUUGAACCCUCUAUUGUGGACGAGUAUAUCAUGUCAUUGGUAGGCUUGAAUCUCGCCGAGGAAUAUAUACAAUUCCGAGCCCACGGUGCUCUUCCGAUUUCUAAUUUCACUUUGACGCCGGAUGAACUAGAAUUUGCGGUUACGAAAGCAGCUGCACAACUCAUCUGGCUAGCGGGACAAAUGGGCACAGCCAAUGGAGGAAUUGACCCUGGCAAUGGGUUGGCUCAUGCCACCCUAGCAGCCGCAUUUUCCAUAACUACCACCCUACAACUCAAUAUCAACCUUCUUCCGUUGGCUUUCGCGGCUUCUGCGUCGGUGAUCAUGUUGGGACUGGCUCUACAUAUGACCCGAGCAUUCGAUGCAUCGCACGACAGACAGGCCCGGGCUGCUAUCCAAAACAUAGGUGUACUACAACUCCUAUGGUUGAGUCGUCGUUCAACCUCUAUUAAUGAAGCCCUGGAAGAAGUGCAACAUCCGACAGAGGCCAAUCUGCGUCGAGCAGGCAUGAUAGAUGUUUGUUUUGCGCAGAUAAUACCCGACGAAGGAGAGGUAGAAAGUUCAGCUGCCACCGAUAGUCUCACUCGUGAUGUCGACCACCGUCGUGAUGAUGAGGAAUGAUUUGGGUUUGGGAACAGAAGGGUGGAAGGCCGCUGCUUGUUUAUACUAUAUGUUGUAGUUGCCCGUGGUUCAUGCUGCUCUGGCGCGGCGGUCCGUAUCAUGGUUGUUUUGUUUUUGGUGUCAUCUGUCAAUGUAUUUCUCUUAAUAACGACU